AUGGACGAUGGAGAACUUCCUCGGCGAGGAACCAUUCAAAGAUCCCUCCGUAAAACUAUUGAAGUAUCACGGGUAGCCAUCAUUGUAUUCUCACCAACUUAUGCGUGUUCUGCUCGGUGCUUGAGUGAACUUGCAGCGAUUAUGAGAACUAAGGAUGAGGAAGGGCAAAUCGUUAUACCUAUAUUCUAUGGUGUGGAACCCUUGGAAGUGAGAUCACAAACAAGGUAUUAUGGAGAAGCACUUGCCAUGCAUGAGUUAAACAAAAAUUCUAAUGACAGAGUUGAAUCUUGGAGAGAAGCACUUGUAAAGGUAGCUGACCUUGCUCAUUUGGACGCUGGAUGGGAUGUCGCCAACGGGAAUGAAUCGGAACAUAUCCAACGACUGGUUGGGAGGAUUUCAAAUGAAUUGCUUGGCUUGAUGCAAAAUCCCGAAGCAAGUGCUGAAACAAGUGCCAAUACAGACCUAAUUGGUAUAGAGGCCCGUAUGCAAGAGUUGAAAUCACUUCUAGAAGUCGGUACAGGUGGUGUUCACAAGGUUGGAAUAAGUGGGAUGUGGGGUAGUGGUAAGUCUACUCUUGCAUCUUCUAUUUAUGAUGAAAUAAGUCAUGAAUUUGAAGGUUCUUGCUACGUUAAAAAUGUUAGAGCUAGGUCAAGAACCCAUGGCUUGAAAAUGUUACAAGAAGAAAUUCUCUCAAAUGUUCUGAAAUUAAAAGUGACGUUAACGAGCCUUGAACAAGGAAUAUACACGAUGGAGAAAAGAUUAUGUCGAAAUAGUGUUCUAAUUGUCCUUGACGAUGUAGACCACGCUGACCACCUAGAGAUGUUAGUUGGAUCAGACGACUGGUUUGGUAAUGGGAGUCGAAUAAUAUUCACCACUAGAAACCAAGAUCUGGUGACUGCUCGCAGUUCUCUAGCGCAUAAUGUCAGGAUGUUAGAUGAUGAAGAGGCCAUUGAACUGUUUAGUAGGCGUGCAUUUGGGAACAGUAAACCUGCACAAGAUUUCGAGGAGGUUUCACGAGAGAUAGUUUCUAAAUUUGGUGGGCAUCCAUCGGCACUUAUAAGUUUGGGCUCUUUUCUACAUGGCAAAGACAUGAGUGAGUGGAUGAAUGUCUUGGAUAGACUCGUAGGUAGACCAGUUGACGAAAAUUUGAAAGAGUUUGAAACUCGUGAUGAUGGACUUGCAAGAAAUUCUUUUGCUCGGUUUCUGACUUGA